CGAAGCCAUAUCCAUACCAUCCCCAUAACCUUCUAAACUUCCGGGUGUUUCUCAACUUCACUUCCAAUCCAACCUUCUUCUUCUUCUCAUAUAUUAUCCACCAUUCCCCCCAUUCCUUCCACAAAACCAUUAAGCCAAGUCAAGCCCCACCCCAACAGCCAACUCCCUAGCUCCCUUCUUUCAUGCUCCUGAAUUUGUGUCAAUAAUGCCUUCACAAAACAUACUCAUCUGUCUCUUCUCCCUCUAUUUCCUCCUACUUUCCACCCACCAAACCCAAAGCAACAACCAAUCCACCUCCACCUCCUAAAACUUUUGUCCACUCCAUAUUAUUUAAACUUCGUCACAAUCUUAAUAAAACUCAAGCGAAAAGUCAGAAACUUAAUAAAAAAUGUCGCAAACCUCCACCACCCCCACCACCAGCUGAAACCCCAAUCAUGUCUUAGCACCCCCAAAAAAAUUUAGCAUUUUUAUAUGAGAAUCCAAAGAAAAUUGUUAUAAUAUUAAGUAUUAAUAUAAGAGAUUAGGAGAUUUUUUUUUGCACCAAACUUCUGCAGAAUUUGAGCCACGAGUACGCGCACACCUUUCCCAUUUUAUUUUCUUCUUUUCUCUUUUCCCUCCCCUGCUCUCCUUCUCCUUCUCCUUGUCAUUCUUUUUCUUCUUUUCAACCAAACACCGAGAGAACGAGAGAGAGAGAGAGCUGGAACCAGGGAGGACUUGGGGGACGACGGCGCAGGUGGGUCACGGCCGACGCCGGUGAAGGCACUGGGAGUCGGAAAUCCGGCGUUUUCUCGGUAUACCCAAACAAGGAGGAACUCAUUUUGGAUGGCCGGGUUCUUUUAGGUGGAAGGCAGAAAACCUCCCUAGAGAGAUAAAGCAUAGAUCAGAUCGAUCAGGCAACACCUUGCUUAAGUUCGUGUUCCCCUUGUAUCUCAAAACGGGGGCGUGACAAUGUCAAAACCACCACCACCACAAAUCCAACUUCUCAGACCAUUCCUCUUCCCCCGAAUCCAGUCCACAGUCCUCCCUGAUCCCUCCCUUUUCUUCUCCCCUGCACUCCUCUCCACCCCACUCCCCACAAACUCUUUCUUCCAAAACUUCACCCUAAAAAAUGGUGACCAGCCUGAGUACAUCCACCCCUACAUCAUUAAAUCCUCCCUCUCAUCUCUUUCCCUCUCCUACCCAUCUCGCUUCUUCAACUCAGCUUUCAUCUACCAGGUUUUCAACCCUGACCUCACCAUCUAUGCCUCAGAAAACUCCAACCUAGAUGCUCAAAAAACGCACAUUAUCUCCUCCUCUAGUGAUCUCAGUGUCACCCUGGACUUUCCCUCUUCCAACCUGAGGUUCUUCCUCGUCCGGGGAAGCCCGUUUCUGACUUGCUCCGUCUCCGACGACACUGCCAUUUCGAUAUCAACCAUCCACGCCAUUCUCUCAUUUUCAUCAAACACUGCUCUCACCAAGUACACCGUCAAGCUCAACAAUGACCAGACAUGGCUCAUAUACACGUCCUCGCCGAUCAGUCUCUCACAAAGCCUCUCUUUGAUCACUUCGACUGGGUUUUCGGGCAUAAUUCGGAUUGCAGCGUUGCCGGACUCCGAUCCAAGACAUGAGGCGAUCCUCGACCGGUUUAGUUCUUGUUAUCCGGUUUCCGGUGAUGCUGUAUUCACUAAGCCAUUUUGCUUGGAAUACAAAUGGGAGAAGAAAGGGUGGGGGGAUUUGCUCAUGUUAGCUCACCCUCUUCAUCUUCGGCUACUAGACGGUGAUGAUUCUAAAGUUACCGUCUUGGAGGAUUUUAAGUAUAAGAGUAUUGAUGGUGAGCUUGUUGGUGUUGUUGGAGAUACGUGGGGAUUGAAACCAGCCCCAGUGCCUGUAAAUUGGCAUUCAAUUAGAGGUAUAAAAGAAGAAUCAUAUGCUGAGAUUAUCUCUGCACUUUUUGCGGAUGUUGAGGCUUUGAAUUCGACGGCAAUAACAACCAAUUCGUCUUAUUUUUAUGGGAAAUUGAUUGCAAGAGCGGCAAGGUUGGCAUUGAUAGCAGAGGAGGUGGAUUUUUUUGAGGUGAUUCCUAAAAUAAGGAAGUUCCUGAAGGAAACAAUUGAGCCAUGGUUGGAUGGAACCUUUAGUGGGAAUGGUUUUAUGUAUGAUGCUAAGUGGGGUGGAAUUGUCACUAAGCAAGGGGCAUUGGAUUCUGGGGCUGAUUUUGGUUUUGGUGUUUAUAAUGAUCACCAUUAUCAUUUGGGUUACUUUCUUUAUGCGAUUUCAGUGCUUGCCAAGAUUGACCCGGUGUGGGGGAGAAAGUAUAGGCCUCAAGCUUAUUCACUUAUGGCGGAUUUUAUGAACUUGGGCAGGAGAUCAAAUUCAAAUUAUACGCGUCUGAGGUGCUUUGACUUGUAUAAAUUGCAUUCUUGGGCUGGAGGGCUAACAGAAUUUGCUGAUGGGCGGAAUCAAGAGAGCACAAGCGAGGCAGUGAAUGGUUAUUAUUCAGCAGCUUUGAUGGGGUUGGCCUAUGGAGACACACAUCUUGUUGCCAUUGGAUCAAUGCUUGCAGCAUUGGAAAUUCAGGCUGCUCAAACAUGGUGGCAUGUGAGGGAGAAAGAUAAUAUGUAUGAGGAAGUUUUCACUAGAGAGAACAAGGUGGUGGGUGUAUUGUGGGCUAACAAGAGGGACAGUGGACUAUGGUUUGCUCCACCUGAAUGGAGAGAGUGUAGGCUUGGAAUUCAGGUGCUUCCCAUAUUGCCAAUCACUGAGGUCUUGUUCUCUGAUGUUGUUUUCGUGAGGGACCUUGUGAAGUGGAUCUUACCUGCUUUGCAAAGAGAGGGAGUUGGAGAAGGAUGGAAGGGAUUUGUCUAUGCCUUGGAAGGGAUUUAUGACAAAGAAGGUGCUUUGGGGAAGACCAGGAACUUGAGUGGUUUUGAUGAUGGGAACUCUCUCACUAAUCUCUUAUGGUGGAUUCACAGCAGAGGUGAUGAAGAGGUAGAGGUAUGCGAGGGAGGAGGAAAGCACGGUUGGUUUGUUCAUUAUUGUCACUGAAUUUGUUUGAAUGCAUUAUUUAACUGAAUCUUGAAUGUGAUUACACUCACAAUUACUUGUGCUGGAUAAACUUGCAUAAUAGAAAAUACAUUGUAUUCUGUUUUCUGGAUUCAUGCUUGUAUGGCUGUAUGUUUAUAUUAUAUUUUUGUUGAAUGUAAUACCACAACUCUGCA